AUGUCGACGAAUACCUCUUCACCUACCGCGAUCGGCAGGAUUAAUAGCCAGCUGUCAGAGCUAGUUCGCAGCAUCAGCAACCAAGAUGUAGAGUCGCGAUACAAGACAGAAGAGGCCGACAACCGGCUACCGACAGACGAUACGCCAGACUCGAGCUCGUUCCAAGCCGCAGGGGAGAGGACCAUCCUAUCAUGGGAGCCGAAUGACAAGGGGAAUCCUCACAACUGGCCCAAAUGGCGGAAAGUCACUAUCCUAGUGACAACAAUGUUGAUGGUGAUCAACAGCACAAUGAGUAGCUCAUUGCCGAGUAUGGCCAUACCGUACAUAGCAGACGAGUGGGGAGUCGUUUCCAAGCUUCAGAUGGUGCUUCCAAUGUCCACUUACCUCGCGGGCUAUGUUUUUGGCCCAAUUAUAUGGGGUCCUCUGAGUGAGCACCUUGGGCGGCGAAACUUGACUCUUGGCACUUUCACCAUGUUCAUGAUAUGGACAAUGGCUUGCGCGCUUGCUCCUAACUGGCCUGCUUUUCUCAUCUUCCGAUUCCUCUGUGGGAUAUUCGCCAGCGCACCUAUUGCUGUCGUCACUGGAUUUCUGGCCGAUAUUUACGAUGAUCCCGUGCCAAGGGGUCGGGCUAUGGCCUGGUUCAUGGCGACAACCAUCGGAGGACCUCUAUUCGCUCCAGUCAUAUCCGGGUUCUGCUCUCCAAGCGUGGGCUGGCGCUGGACAUUCUGGGUAGGACUGAUAUAUGCCGGAGUAACCUUGGUCCCGAUCGCUCUACUGCCAGAGACGUAUGCGCCUGUGCUGUUGACGCGGCGAGCGGCCAAGAUGCGUAAAGCGAACCCGAAAGCCGAAUUUUAUUCGGCGUUCGAACUCGAAAACCACGACAUGACACAAUUACUGACUAGGGUUCUGACCCGGCCUAUUCGAAUGCUCCUCACAGAACUCAUCGUGACAGCUACGUGUCUUUACCUUGCUCUAGUCUACGCUAUUUUCUACAUGUCGUUUCAGGCCUUCCCUUUGAUCUUCCAAGGUGUGUACGGCCUUUCACCAGGCGUCACGGGCUUGUGCUACCUGCCUAUCGGCGCCGGAGCUCUGCUCACUUUACCCGUCUUCUUCUGGUACGACCACUACCUUCGCAGAGCGCAAGCCAAGGACCUACCUUGGGCAAGACAAGAAGAAUACCGAAGAGUCCCACUGGCGGCGCUGGGCGGACCUCUAUUCGUCAUAUCACUCUUCUGGCUCGGAUGGUCAGCAAAGUCGGACGUGCCCUUUGUCGUGCCGAUGCUAGCCGGCCUCCCCUUUGGCGCCGGCUUCAUGCUGAUCUUCAUGGGGAUGCUCAACUAUCUGACAGACGCCUACGAGAUCUUCGCAGCGAGCGCCAACGCCGCAGCUAGCUCGGUGCGGUCGAUCUUUGCUGUUGUACUGCCACUGGCUACGGCGCCCAUGUUCCAACGGUUGGGGAUCAGUGGCGCAUGUAGCCUGCUUGGUGGGCUGAGCCUGAUCAUGAGUGCCAUACCGUUCAUCUUCCUUUGGAAGGGCGAGAGGAUACGGGCGGGCUCCGAGUUCUGUAUCGCGCUCAAGGAGAGAAGGCUCGAGAUGGAGCGGAAAGUCGCAGAGCAGCGGGACAGGAAGAGUCGCUCGGGCGCUGAUGGUGGCAUGUUCCGGGAAAAGGAAAGCGUGUGA